AUGGCUAAGUCUCUAUUUUUUAUGGUUUCUCUUCUCCUCUUCGUUGUAUCGUUGUCAUCGGUCGCAGCGACAAGGUCACUGUUAGAUUUGGUCGGUAGCUAUGAACCAAUAAAGAACAUUGAUGAUCCACACAUCCAGAGUCUAGGGGAGUUUGCAGUGGACGAACACAAUAAGCAAGCCAAAACUCAACUAAAAUUUCAAAAAGUGAUUAGUGGAAAACUACAAAUUGUGGCAGGGACCAACUACGAACUUGAGUUAACGGCUCUUGAGGGAACUGUAAGCAGAAUAUAUGGGACCCUUAUAUUCACUGAUUUGGAGAACAAGAACCACCUUAUCAACUUCUAUGGUCUCUCCAACUAA